AUGUCACCGCUCGAGCAAAUCAGCCUCAUCUCCCAGCGCGCGUCCUACCUCCAGGCGCGCGAGGCAAAGCUCAAGGCGUGCCGCUUCAACCUCUCCGCCCUCCCCGCCGGCAAGCGCGUGCACGACACCUCGCGAACCAUCAAGAAGCCGACGCCGGCGUGGGCGGGCUUCUGGCCGGCGCUGCGCGAGUUCAUGCAAAACACGAUCGACCACCUCGACCUGGCGCCGCGCGGCCGGCUGCAUCCGGCGCUGUCGCUGCGCGUCGAGCGGCCGGCCGGCCAGCGCGGCACCCUCGCCUCCAUCGCCUUUCGUUGCGGCGACGAGCCGGUCUGCGCCAUCGAGGUGGAGGAGGACGAGCUGCGGAUCCUGCAGCACUACACCUUCCCGCUGCACCCGCGUGCGCUCGAGACGGGCGUGCCCGACGCUGGCAAGGGCGGCGACGCGACCGCGGGCGGCUUUGGCGACGGCUUCAAGACGGCGGCGGCGGCGCUGCUCGGCCAGCCCGCCUGCCGCUCCAUCAGCUGGACCUUUGAGACGGCAGAGGGGCGCACCGUGCGCUGGGACUUUGUCGGCGCCGAGCGGCCCGCGGUCGGCAACUUUCGCGCGUCGCGGGUGCUCGAGCGCGUCCGCGUCGGCGGCAUCGGCCGCGCGUUCCUCGCCGAGGCGGCGCCGCGGCUGCAGGUCUUCUGGUCGCUGCCCGACGCGCCGCUCAUCGAGGGCGCCAUCAUGGCCUUCUGGUCCAAGCUCAACGUCUCCUCGCGCGACCGCAACGACGGCAAGAAGGCCGGCUCCUCGGCCUCGGGCGGCGGCUCAUGGCUGCUCCGGACGCCGCGCUUCACCAACCGGCUGCUCGAGGCGCACCGGCCCUUCUUCCUCGGCGCGCUCGGCGUGCCGGCGGGCGCGCUCUUCGCCUCGAGGCGGACGACCGAGAGCGGCGACCCGUUCCUCAAGUGGGCGGCGGCCUUCCUCGCGCGGCGGGGUGCGCCGCUGCUGCCCCUCGAGCCGGGCGCGUCCAAGGCGCUCUUCAGCGAGGCGUCGGAGGACGAGCUGCAGGAGCGGUGCGUCAAGGAGCUGCUCGCCGAGCUCAAGAAGGCGCCCGCCGCAAGGACGGACGCGCAGCAGGCCGCCGCCAAGCUGCUCGCCUUUGUCGGCGCCGAGUCGCGGUCGCUGCGCCUCCACUUCUCCGCCCUCGUCGCCGUCCCGUUUGCGCACGGCGCGCACGUCUUCAUGCCCGCCACGGCGCUCGACCGCGGGCUCCUGCUCCGCCUGCUCGCGACGCUGCAGAAGCGGCUCGGCCGCUUCGACGACAAGUGCGUGCACGCCACGCAGGCCUUCUUCGAGACGCUGCCCGCGCACGGCGGCCUCUCCCUCCCGCAGCUCGACGCCGCGCUCAGCCGGGCGAAGCAGGCGAACGAGUCGGAGGAGAAGUGCCUGCGCGGAGGCCACGACGCCCUCAAGGCGGUGGCGGCGCACGACUCCGUCGGCGGCGGCGAGGUGUACUCCGACGUGGCCUCCGCCGCGCACCUGGCCGCCGGCACGCUUCCCAAGGCGGCGCAGCUAAAGGCGCUCCGCGCGCACCUCGAGCAGGCCAAGCGCACGCUCGCCGCUGCGCUCCCGUCGCUCGGCUCGCUGCUCGAAGGGACGGUCAAGGCGGGCUUCGACGUGGGCGGUGCCUACCUCGGCUUCUGCUCCGAGCGCGCCAUCGUCGUGAACCUCGCGCCGCUGCUGCGCCGCUGGAACGAGGCGGGCACGCCCGUGGAGCUGCUCCUCACCCUCGCUCACGAGGCGGCGCACCUCCUCAGCAGGGGCGGCGCGCACGACAGCGCGUGGCGGCAGACCUACGACGAGCUCAUCCAGGCCGCCAUCGUCGCCGGAGUCGGCCCGGCGCCCGGCGCAUUCGCUGGCGUCGGGCGGAGGGCCUGA